AAUUUAAGGUUAUGUUAUGAAAUAUGAAAAACAACAUUUUUUAGAGAAGUUGAAUUGAAAGUAGUCUGAACUUUUUGCCAGGAAGAAAACCUCGUACCGAAAUUGAAUUUCAUAAUGAUGUGAUAAUUUUGAGUCACUAUCAAGAAUUCGUUGUUACAAGAAGAACUGGCCAAAAUGACAAAAGAAACCCUAAUAAUAUUUGUGUAUGAUACUCAGAUGAAUGAAAGGGAAAGAGAUGAACCUGCCUCACCUGUUUUAUAUUUCUACCCUACUUGGGUAUCUAGUGAACAAAAGUCUGCUCUUUGUGGUCAAAUUGUUGGCACUGUGGAAUGUGUGGGCAAAUUAUUUUGCAGACCAAAGAUAUUGACAGUUGCAAGUGGUAAUUUCUAUAUAAUGUUCAAAGGAAGAUUUAUAUUUGCUGUUGGUACUGAAACAAACUCAACCAACUUGCGUCUACAACAUAAAGCAAAUAUACUAUUUUCUUUGUUUGAGUUUCUCCAUGCAGACCUGAAUUUGCUUUUAAGCAUGGGCAAAACUGAAUUACUCUCUUCCAAACUACAGAGUAUUGUAGAUAAUCAUUUGAGAAUGUUGAUGUACUCAAACAGUAUUUUGUUCCACAAAUCAAAUAUUCCAUCAUCAAAGAGCAUGGAUGGUGUUUACAUGGACGCUGUUCACAUUUUAGAGUCCUGUCAGGCUCUUGAAGGUGUUUUAGGAGGGCUGUUACUAUAUAAAAAUAAAGUAGUUGCUAGUCAACUGAGUUCUGAUCUUACACAGCGCCUCUCAUCUGCUGAUUUGCAUAGAAUUCACUGUUCAGCCACUCCUAUUGAACACCAAAACUUGCCUUCAGGCAUCAAUCUCUUCCAAGUGUAUAUAUCCAGCGAAGAUUACGUCAAGUUGCUAGAAAACUCAGAAAAGUCCAAGAAUGUGUUCGGACGAUUGCAUAGUGGAGAAAUGAAGACUUCCACAAAGAAUGAAAAACGAUCCCAAGACAUGGCCAUCUUGAGUACCAUGAAGAGAGACCAAUCCUUGUUGUUCACCGCUGUGCCAGAAGACGCUUCAGUAUCUUGGGACCAGCCGUACAUCCCAACAACCAAGAGAAACCGACCGAAAUUCUUGAAUUUGAAAACGACCAUCUCAAUCGGUAAUUCGAACGAAUUGAAAUCGAAAGUAAACUCGGGAACGCCAUUGUGUAGCCAAACUAGUAUUUGCUCUACUCCUCUCAAGGAGUUGAAGAAAGUCAUCCACCAACAUCCCUUAUCGAUAUGUCAUAAUGAAGAGGACGAUGGUGGUUCGAAUAAACUAGGAAAAACAUUCAGUGACUUGGGAACCCAGAACGAGUGCGCUGUUGUCACAUCAGAUCUACAAGAUACGAAGAACAGGUUCAAGAGUUUUUCUAACAUUGCGGAUCUUUUCACCACCAGUAAGAAACAUAGUGAUGUUCCGAAAUUCAAGACCAUAUCGGAUCCAACUUUCCCUGUUUUCAAAGAAGAUGGAACCAUUAUAUCAGUGCAAUAUCCUAGGGAUCUGAAUGGAAAGAAGAAUCCUCAUCAGUCGAACGGUAAUGCUAUUUCAUUCAGUCGAAAAAAAGCGGAUAAGAUUGCAGAGGCGUUCAUCAAGAAGGAUAUGAGCACUUGUGAUAAAAAUAACAAACCGGAAAACUCAUUGGAGCUUUUGGAUUUGUUGACAAGAAAUCAACGGCAAACAGAUGGUAGUAACGGUGAAUUCUCUAAAACGUUAAAUUCUAAAUUAGGGAAGUUGAUCGGUGAACAAACACCUACUUUUUCAAAAUUAUGUCACAUGAAAAAGGACUCUGCUGAUCCAGUUAGAAAAUAUCCUUGUCAAGAAUACAAAACUAAAAAUGUUGAAACUGAGAAAACUAAGCCUGAGGAAGGAUUGAAAGAAUGCAGUUUAUUAGUGAACGGAAAACAAGAUAUCUGUAUGGCUGUACUAUUGAGCAAAGAAAAUAGUAAGGAGCAGAAUAGUAUAAUGAAAAUGUCUGAAAUGAGCACCGAGUAUAUUGACAAAUUGCAAAGGACAUUCAGACGUGAAGCCGACUCCUAUAGUUCUGAAUCCAAUCAAUACAGUUAUCUGUAUCUGGAUUCGGAUUGGAAUUCUGUCAAACAGAAAGGAACAUGGAGUGAACACGAUUUAACAAUUGUUGGGUAUUUAUGUGAAGAAUUCACUGAUGCAAAUAAUGAAAUAACUGAAGUAUUAGUGAGGUGCUGUCUUCGUUAA